UACAUUAUGUGAACACGUAUAAGAAUAUUGAUUAUUAUUAUCUUUAUUAUCUUGUAUGCCAAGCAUACCUCGGAACAUAUAGAUCAUGGUAACAAGUACUUGGAAAAUCACAUAGAAAGUUCGCUUUCUCGCUCACGAUUUGUCAAAGCACGUACCGCUCUAUAGAAAACGUGAGAACAGAUACCUUAAACGUACUGUAUCGUAUCUACAUGUAAAAAUGACAAUAGAGGUUUAAACGUUUAAAGUAACGUUUACAGUGAAGGGAAAGAACGUUUAAAUUUGUUGAAUUAAAGCCGUGAAAGUAAAUACCGUGCCUCGACUCAAGAGGCAAACACAAUAGAUAGACUUUUAGAUAGAGAUUUGUCAUUUGCAAGGUGUCUUGACUUUCUCUCAAUCUGCUUAAAGAUCAACGUUCAACAAUGAUCUUAACGCUUCCUUUAAUUAAACUAUGUAGCAUUCAGACCGUGUAUAUACAUUUUUACUUAAAUAUACCAGUUUUCCAGUCCUUCGUUUCUGUUAGUCGAAGAGCAAUCGUUGCAGAACACACGUCUCAUUGGACCUUUGACAUUUUUUCAACGAUUUACGUCAACGUUAUCCUCUUUUAUAUUAUUUCUGAAAUUAUAUAAAUAGAAUCUAAAUUCUAGAUUCUAUUUAUAAGUAUUAAAAUUAUAUAAACAAUUUCUUUUCUACAAUUAUAUUUUUUAAAUUAUUACGUCGAAGGCGUAUUUGUUUAAUAAUGCAUAGAUACUGUAUCACUACUUUGCUAUUAUACUCCGUUGUCCUGUGCAUAAAUAUUGACGCGUGGAGUUCUUUUAAAAGGUUUCGACAUCUUUGGCAACCAAAUAUUAAUCGCGUCAACGAAUCGUUAUCGCUUAAACGGGACCCUCUAAACUCUCUAAAGGGUAAAUUACAGUCGAUUAAUUUUCAAAAUAGCGCGUCAAGUCAGGGCGGUAGAGAAAAACGACUUUUCCCAUUAUUUACAUUGGUAAAAUUUGACAAUAACGUUUGCGUCGGAUUAAGUGGUGAAAAUGGUACCUGUAUCGCAGCUUCGGAAUGCUCGAAACGUGGUGGUGUCUCUAGUGGAGUUUGCGCAAAUGGUUACGGAGUUUGCUGCAUUGUGACAGUAUCUUGCGGCGAGACAACCAGCAACAAUAAUACUUAUUUCGUUAAUCCGAAUUAUCCAUCAACGUUUGAUGGUACUAUAUCUUGUCAAUUAACGCUCGUUAAGUCGCAUCCAACAGUAUGUCAAUUUAGAUUGGAUUUCCUGCAGUUUAAUAUAAGAGGUCCGGAAACGACUAACCAUCAGUGCAUCUAUGAUCAAUUUAUCGUUUCUGGGGGUAAUCCGGUACCUACUAUAUGUGGAAAUAAUGCUGGCAAUCAUAUAUACGUCGAUACUGGUCUUGGACAAACGAAUCCUGUUACGUUGACAUUUGUUACAAGCGGAAAUUCUUUUGCUCGAUCUUGGAAAGUACGAGUCUCUCAAAUACGUUGCAAUACUAUAUACAGAGCCGAGGAAGGAUGUUUGCAAUACUUCACAGGGAUAUCCGGCCAAAUAAAAUCGUUCAAUUACGAUCCCAACACCGGAUUACAACUGUCGAAUCAAGAUUAUAGUAUUUGCAUUCGAAUGGAAAGGAAUUUUUGUGGUAUUCAGUAUAUGGCAUGCCCGGUUGACGAUAAAGAUGGUAAUACGUGAAUGAAGAAGAACGAA